UUUUACUAUCUUUGGUUGCAAGUAGACCUUAGAUUUAAUUUCCACAGCAACCAGGUAUCUGUUUCCAUCAGUGAUGGAAAGCAAUAUAUGAGACCUGUUUGACUUUUUAAACAGGAAUUUCACACACUGUAAGGAGAAUUCUGACCACAAUGGCUGCAGAUAAUAAAAAACUCUUAAUUGAAUAUAAUAAGUUAAGGGAUACCAAGUGUCUGCCGGAAGGAAAAAGUGAAGUGAGCUGGCUGCGACCUCAAAGAAGACACUUUCCUCAGUCUAAUCGCAGUUCUGUAGAGAAAGUAAGAGACGACGAGGAGAAAUGUGAGACUGACAGAACUUCCUGGAUAACAAUUGCCCCUCCUCAUCAUAAAGAAAGGAGACAUUUUCCAGAAAGAAAUAAUGCAAUCUUUGGAUGACCUGUCCUUAACACAGCAUUUCUACUGGAUUGGUGGAUAUUCAUUUUGAAUGAAUAAAGAUUAAUUUUCAAUGUAGCUCUAAAUGUUUUACAGACCUAUUAAAAAACCUGCAUUCUUUUCUAUGUAUUUACAUGAAGCUUGGA